CCCUCUCUCUUUUAAGGAGUGCUGUUCACGCCACCACCAUUCCUAGUCUUCUUACACUCAGUCUGCUCUAGUUUGCAGGAUGGCUGGAAGAAUCGAGCUCUAAACAUCUGCAGGUUCUCUUCACACAAAAACGAGGCCGCAGAACCAGAUGGUGUGAAGACCUUAAACCAACCCUGAGGUGGAUUAGAAACAACAUUGUUUGGACUGAGAGAUGCAAACGAAGAUGACGCACCUGAAGUUUUUGGCUGGGUUCCUGCUGAUAGUCCUGGUUAUUGGAAUCUCGUACCACUGGAGCUGGUUCCACAGAUUUAAGGAACAGUCGUCGGAUUCUUCAAACUUGGGAUUUUUGGGCGAACACUUCCUAGUGAGUUCCGACCUGCACCUGGUGGCAGCAGAGGGGUUAAAGUACCAACAGCCAAGCAUCACACAGGGCAGUCGGACUGACGUUGUGUCGGUGACACCCUGGUUGGCUCCGAUCGUCUGGGAGGGAACGUUCAACCCAACUCUCCUGGAUGCCGUCUACCACAAGAAGAACAUCAGCAUCGCUGCCACGGUGUUCGCUGUUGGGAAGUACGUCAUGUUUCUGAGGAACUUCCUGGAGACGCUAGAUCAGCACUUCUUCGUGGGUUUCAGAGUGCAUGUAUACGUCUUCACCGACCAGCCGAAGGAGGUGCCAAAAGUGAAAAUGGCUGCCGGCAGAGAGCUGAUUGUGCAACCGGUACCAAGUUCCAAUCGCUGGCAAGAAAUCUCCGCCCGCCGGAUGGAAAUCAUCCAGAAGCUGAUCGAGGAGAAAAUCCAAAACAAAGUGGAUUACAUCUUCUGUCUGGAUGUGGACUCUAAGUUUCACGAUCGCUGGGGGACUGAAUCACUGGGUGGACUGGUGGCUGUGAUCCAUCCAGGUUACUACAAGAACGACCGCAGUAAGUUUCCGUAUGAGCGGCGGACCUCCUCCAGAGCCUAUGUGGCGCCUGAUGAGGGUGACUUCUACUACUGUGGGGGGGCAUUUGGAGGCUUAAUACCGGAAGUUCUCCAGCUCGCCAGGACCUGUCGGAAGAACUUUGAAGAUGACGCCAAGGAGGGCAUUGAGGCUGCCUGGCAGGAAGAGAGUCACUUGAACAGGUACAUGUGGAUAAACAAGCCAAGUAAGGUUCUGUCACCUGAAUACCUGUGGCAGGACUUCAAACAAAGAGAAGCGGAAAUACGGACCAUCAGGUUCUCUGGGGUUGUAAAGAACUAUAACGACAUACGACCCAACUGAGUCCUUCAACUUAGUCACUGUCACUGGACCUAACUGCACUUUAACUAGACCAAGCAGGUCCGGACCAGCCAGGAUUUCCAAAAAAACCUGUUACACUUGAUUUUACCACCCGAUCUCAGACUCAGAACCCUUUGAAUUUUUUUAAGGGAUUUUUAAAAGAUCCAGAUCUGUUUCAGUUCUGACUUCUGUUCCAGAUCCAGUAAAUCCAUUGCCUGUCUUCCGCUCUCAUCAAGAACAACGAACGGGUUCAUUGCAGUUCGGUUUCGUCAGCUUCACCUUAUAUUGUUUAUCAGCUGAUACUUUGACCAAA